AUGUCGCCGGCAGAGCCGACGCGAGACGAGAGCGUCUACAUGGCCAAGAUUGUGGGGCAUGCCGAGCGCUACGAGGAGAUGGUGGAGUUCGUGGAGCGCGUCGCGAAGGCCUGCUACCUCUUGAGCACUGCUCAUGUCCUCAUCAAGUGGAGGCAGCAACGACUAGCUGAGGAGCGCCGCGAGGGCGAGUACUUUGAGAUGCUCGAGCGCGACGCAGAGGAGGAGCAGCGUGAGGCAGAGGAGGAGGUGCGCGUUGCCGGCAUUGGGCUAGCCCAGCCGCCGGCGGCGGCGGUACAGCCCGCGGCGGACGACGUCGCUCGAGCCUGGUCAACGACGUUCCCUUGGGCUGGCCCGACGCCGAUGCUCAUCCACCUCACCGACCCCAACGACGAUGAGGACGCCUAG